AUGCCACCUAAAAAAGAAGAAAGAAGACCACUUGAACCAAUUUUUUCUUAAAGCAACUGUCCUUUCUAUUAAUAUUAAAUUUAUUAGCAAGAAAGUUUAGAUUAGGCGUCACAAUUUUUAGCCUAUUUCAAACCAGAACUAAGUUAACUUAUGAAAAAUAACAUAUAAGAUAAUAUGCAAAUUCUUUGUUAGUCUAUAGGAAUUAAUCUUCAUCCAACAUUUGUUAAAGUUGUUCAAAAUUUAGACAUAAAUGAUUUUGAUGAAAAUAAAAAGUUUAGGAACCCAGAAGAAUAUGAAAGUGAUUAGACUUCUUAAAUUGUUUUUUUUAAUUCUGUAUUUAAUUUGCUUAAUUUAGGUGAAAGUUGAUAUUCUUACUUUAAAGUUACUUGAGUUUUGUUGUUCUUAAAGUGGAAUUCAAUGUCUAAAAUUUUGCAAUAACGACUUAGGGCAAUCUGAAUAUUAAAUUAUAGCACAAAUUAUAGGCAAUACAGAAUGUAAAAUUAAGAAAUUAUUCAUUGAUUGGUAAUUAGUACAACCACAACUACUUUAAUCAAAUCAUUUAUUAGAGCAAUUAUAUUUUAGAUCCUGUUAAAUAAAUUAUGCAUUUAUUGAAACAUUAUGUUAAAAUAUGAGAAAUCUGAAAGUCUUAGAUUUAUAUGAUAAUUAAUUAUCAAAAGAAGCUUUUGGUUUAAUAGGAGUUACUCUUAAAGAUAAUAUUUAUUUAGAAUAAUUAGGAUUAGCCAAAAAUUAAAUAACUUCAUUAGAUUAAUUGUCUGAGAUUAUGUAAAAUGUUGGCAAGUUUUUAAUGACUUAAGAAGAAUAUGAUGAAUAUCGAAUUAAAGAAAAAGAAAGAGAUUAAAUAAUUGAGAGAAAUAAAAAAGUUAAAAAGAAAGGAACAGAAGAGAUUGUUCCUGUCUUAGAAACUAUUUAAUAAUUUGAGAAUAAUUGGUUUAUUAUAAGAAAUUAAAGGUUGUAAUUACUUAAUUUAUCUUUAAAUGCUAUUGAUGACAAUUCUUUUAUUUUAAUUGAGAAAUUCUUAAACUAAACAUUUGAAGGGUUUUAAUUAGUGUUAACAAAUAAUAAAUUUGAAGAUUAGAAAGCCCUUUAAAGAUUAAAAAAGAAAUAUAACAAAAAAUUAUUGAUAUGA